CAUUGCAUAACAUUCCUUACUAUCAUCGUUACUUAAUUGCUGCCAAUUUGUGGUUGAGCUACAGAUAAGAUUGCGUAUUAACUUUGUCUCGAGCGCAUAUGUCUUUGGCAAGCUAUGACUUAUCCCAAACGGUAUCUGUAUCAAAUGUUAUCAAGAGUGCGCUGCUAGAGUAAAAAAAAGUGCGACGAUCAGAUGAUAUUUGGCACACACAAUUAGAGGUCAUUUUUGUUGACGGUAAACCCCGGUAUUCUGUUCUGGUAUUUUUGAAUGAAAAACAUGCCAGUCAGUAGAUUAGAUAUUUUUUAUAGAAAAAUUCUACUCUCCAAGUUUUUUACAAAAGGAUGGGGCGAUCCAGAACAUGUACUCAGGCUAUUGAAGUUCAGGAAGAUCAUCUCAAAAAGGGAAACCUGCUAUAACCUAGUAGACAAAGAUCACCCGAUAGAAAUACUUAAGGAAGAGACAUGGUCAGAUUGUUAUGUAAGAAACUGCAGGUUCAAAAGCCCCCUGGCUAUACAUCUGCCCGAGGUAGUGCAUCCAGAGGUACAGAAUGCUUACUUUCAAAUGAUUGUACCUAAGCAAUGGUCUACUGGGCCUUAUCGACCAAUAUGUAUUCACCUUGCUGGCACUGGUGAUCACUAUUUCUGGAAGCGUCGACAGAUGAUGGUAAAACCAUUACUGAAGCAGGGCAUUGCUUCCAUAAUCUUAGAGAACCCUUUCUAUGGUACAAGAAAACCAAAGGAUCAAAAUCGAUCUUGUUUGCUUAAUGUAUCUGAUAUCUUUGUAAUGGGGGGUUGUUUAAUUUUGGAGUGCAUUGCAAUCUUGCAUUGGUGUGAGAAACUUGGGUUUGGACCAAUGGGAGUAACAGGACUUUCAAUGGGUGGUCAUAUGGCAUCUUUGGCAGCUACAAGUUGGCCCAAACCUUUAGUGUUAGUGCCAUGUUUGUCUUGGUCUACAGCUUCAUCAGUGUUCACAGAGGGUGUGAUGAGCGAGGCUAUUGAUUGGGACUUCCUGCAGCACCAAUAUUUCUCAAACAAGCAGUAUCAUGAGAUUAUUUCAAAGUUGUGCAAGAUCGUAGACGAUCCAACAGAGUUUGGAUUGGCGAAAAUACCAGAACUGAUCGUGAGCGACAAGAGCAAAUUGACGGCAAAUAAGAGCCUAACGCCUCACGAAUUAUUAGCUUUAAUAAAAGAUUCUACCUCAGACACCACUAGUCAUUUAUUAGUGUCUGAGGAAUCUUCGAAGCCCCUUUACUCAUUUAUAAAGUCUGUUUUAAAGCAAGUGACGAAAGAUACUACCUCCAUAAAGAUUAGAGACAAGGACGCUAUUUGGUUUAUGAGAGGCUUGAUGGACGAGUGCACUCAUUUGAAGAACUUCGCAACACCAGUGGAUACUUCAUUGAUUAUAGCCCUGUGCGCUCAAUCAGACGCCUAUGUUCCUAGAGACGGAUGCACCAGACUAGAAGAUAUCUGGCCUGGUGCUACUAUUAAGUAUUUGGACUGCGGCCACGUGGGAGCUUACAUUAAAUAUCUCACAUUGUUCAGACGGUCCAUUUUACAAGCCUUUGAACGUGCCAAAUCGGUUUAUCCACCGCCGAAAAUCCCCUACGAAGUUCGUCCAUAAGAAAUGUUCAGUAUUUUAUACAUUCAAGUGCCUUAGACAAUACAAAUUUUUUACAUGAA